CGGACCGUGCUGCACCAUGCUGCUGCCGCUGCUGGUGACGCUGCUUCUCGGCCAGGCCUGGGCUGACCCGUCGCCCGCCCCGGCCACGGACAACACCUCGUUGGACCAGGUGAUCGCAGAGCUGGCCAUGUUCUACGAGUCCACCGUGAGAGCGGCCACGGCCGCGGCCCACCAGAGCUCGACCCAAGACAUGAACCACAUCAAGCAGACCCUGGUGGCCCUCGUCUCCCGGCUGGACUCCCUGCAAGAGGUCCAGAGCUCGGUCUCCUCAAGGCUGGACUCGGUACAAGAGGUCCAGAACUCGGUCUCCUCAAGGCUAGACUCCCUGCAGAAGGCCCAGAGCUCUGUUUCCUCAAGAUUGGACUCCCUGCAAGAGGCCCAGAGCUCGGUCUCCUCAAAGCUGGACUCGGUGCAGGAGACCCAGAGCUCGGUCUCCUCAAGGCUGGACUCGGUGCAAGAGACCCAGAGCUCGGUCUCCUCAAGACUGGACUCGGUACAAGAGGUCCAGAGCUCGGUUUCCUCAAGGCUGGACUCGGUACAAGAGGUCCAGAGCUCGGUCUCCUCAAGGCUGGACUCGGUACAAGAGGUCCAGAGCUCGGUUUCCUCAAGGCUGGACUCGGUACAAGAGGUCCAGAGUUCAGUCUCCUCAAGGCUUGACUCGGUACAAGAGGUCCAGAGCUCGGUCUCCUCAAGGCUGGACUCCCUGCAGGAGGCCCAGAGCUCGGUCUCCUCAAGGCUGGACUCGGUGCAAGAGACCCAGAGUUCUGUGUCAUCUCGACUUGGAGCUGUUCAGGUGUCACAAAAUUCCGUCUUCACCCGGCUCGACGCCGUGCAGGGGUCUGUCUCAGCGGUAUCCUGCAGGCCGGAGGCAUUCUUGGACAGUCUGAUGAACGUCCAAACCGCUGUCAACCGUCUGCCAUGGAGGGUGCUGGGUGACGCGUGCGAGAUCAACAGGGACUGCUUCAGGGCAGUACUCGGCUCAGAGUGUGGCGGCGAUGGCGUCUGCACGUGCGCUGACGGCCUUAGGCAGAUAUCCAGCAGCGAGUGCCGAGCCCGUCUGCUGUCGGAGCCGUGCACGACAACCAGCGAGUGCCUGAAUGUGACGGCACAUUCGCAGUGUACGAACGGCGCAUGCGCCUGUGAGUCAGGAUACUGGAACCGAAAUAACGACGAAUGCCGCCCAGGUCUAAGCGCCGGCCAGGUAUGCAGUUUCGAUCAGGACUGCUCUACACUUCUCUCCAACUUUACGUGCAACAUGGGCAUAUGCUCGGAACGCGUGUGUCCUGGCGUCGUGCGUGAAGGCUACGAGUACCGGCUGGCUGGAGGUGAUUCCUGUAAGCAAGGUCGGGUUGAACUCAGGCCUGUCGGUGGUACCUGGGGCUAUGUCUGUGACGACGACUGGCGGAAUGUGGAUGCCUCAGUUCUUUGCCGAACAUUAGGAUUUAGCGCUGGGAGAGCACAGUGCUGCUCCGCAUACGGCGCUGGAGGACGCGAAAACUUCUACAUGGAUGACGUCAGCUGCCGUGGCUCCGAAAGCCAUUUGAAGAGUUGCGGACACAACACCCAGGAUAACUGCAGCCGAGGGGAGGUGGCGGCGGUGACCUGCGUCGAUUGACAGCGCGAUGGCCGAGCCUGAGGAUAGAGGCUAAGGGCCAUCAUUACCGGCCUGGCGUGCGCCGGAAUCAACAAGAAAUAUGUCUGAUACUCAUCUGACCAAGGCUGCUGCAUCUGACAGCGAGCCCGGUGUCAGUCUGUAAUUUGAAAGAGCGGUCAGGAGUGGGAGGAGUGGUCAUCUAUAAUUUGAAAGAGUGGUCAGGAGUGGGAGGAGUGGUCAUCUAUAAUUUGAAAGAGUGGUCAGGAGUGGGAGGAGUGGUCAUCUAUAAUUUGAAAGAGCGGUCAGGAGUGGGGGGAGUGGUCAUCUAUAAUUUGAAAGAGUGGUCAGGAGUGGGAGGAGUGGUCAUCUAUAAUUUGAAAGAGCGGUAAUGAUCGGUAGUCAUUCAGAAUAUUUGACCUGAGCCUGGCCGGGGUUCUGAGAUAACCUCGCCAGGCGGGGGAACUUGAUUUCCCCCUGGGAUCUCCACCUUCCGAGCACUGUAAGAGAAAGGCAAAGAUAUCGUUGUGAAGGUUUCGUCAAGUCAGGAAGAAUACACACCGCACUUGCUGCCCAGUUUUGUCCGUUUGAAAACUAUCACCAGCCGGACAGUGGAGGUGAGACUCCGUGUUUGAGGGCGAACAAACCUGUACGGGAGACACCCGGUCAUGGUGCCUAACCGGACCUACUAUAAUAAUAGGUCCUACUAUACUAGUAGAUCCGGACCUAACCGGACCUACUGUUCGGCCGAUAAGCCGGUCACCCGCUUCACCCCAGCCAUAUGGCUCACACGUUAGUGUUGAUGUCGGGU